AUGAAAACCGCCCUAGUCACCCUAAUCUUCCUAGUGUUCACCACCCACUGCUGCGAGUACAACGGCUCCGUGGACGAGACCAAAUGCAGCUCCAUGGAGUUCGAGAAGGGUAAGCCCGUGUCCAUGAAAAGAUACGGCAAGAAGCUAGACCUGACCUUGAUCCGUGGGACGCUCUUCGCCGACACGUUCCACCCGAGUCUCGGAACCAAGGAGAUAGUGAUACGAUCCAGCAACAUCUCGGACAUCGAGCCCGGAUUUUUCCACAAUUUCCCCAAUUUGGAGAUUUUAACGAUUCGGAUCAACCACGGCUUUCCCAACAUCACGACGAGGGUGUUUAAAGGUUGCUGCCCUAAACUCACCACGCUUCGCGUCUACGACAACAACUUUCGCUUCUUCGACAACCAGGUGUUCCUGCAGCUGAACAAGCUGGAGUUUCUGUGGAUCGAGAAGCAGUAUUUGGGGCCUCUGGAGGCCAACUACUUCAAGGGGUUGAAGAAUUUGAAGAAGCUGAGGCUGCAGCACUGCCAGAUCAAGCAGAUUGACCCGAAUGCGUUUGACGAUUUACCGGGGUUGGUGAAGAUGGAGCUGCCGACGAACCAGGUGGAGAAGAUCCAGCCCGGGACGUUCAAGAAGUUGCAGAAGUUGGAGGAGUUGCAUUUGUCGGGGAAUAGUAUCAGGAAUUUUACGGGAGGGGAGUUUGAUGGGUUGAAUAAUUUGAAGCGGUUGGAGUUGAUCGGGAAUAAGAUUAAUUCGUUGAAUGUGGAGAGGAUUUUGGAGAAUUUGCCCAAGCUGGAGAGGAUCGGGAUCAAGUUGACGCUGUUCGAGUGUGAUAGGGCGAAGUCUUUGGUGGAGAAGAUUCAGGAGAAUAACAUCGAGAUCAAGAAUGUGGAUCAGGUGUUUUCGGAUAAGUGUCAAGACUAG